AAGACUCAAAGAUUGAGUCAGGCUUGUGGCAGUACUUGACCCAUGGGUCUGUGUUCCUCCAAAAAGUCCUUGAAGGUGGUGCAUCCCCUGGAUGUGGUCCCCGAUGGACCCACGGCACCAGCACCUGCCGCCGGCGUGGCCGCUGUGGAGCCGGUCGCAGCGCCAGCGCCGGCGGCACCGGCAGCGGUCGCAACGCCAGCACCGGCGGUGCCAAAGGCCGUGGCCAAGGCGAAAGCCAAGGCGAAGGCCAAACCAACGUCUUUGAUCAAGGCAAUUAAGGUGAAUGAUGUGACCGUGGUUGAGGAGUUUUUACAAGCUCCAGACUGCAACUUGGAGGUGCUGGGAAUGUGGGAUAAUACUCCGCUGCUGGCAGCCUGCAUGUAUGGACAUUCUGAGGUGGCUCUGAAACUCCUUGCCCGCGGGGCGAAUGUUUUUGCUCAGAACGAGCAUGGUGCCACGGCCUUGCACUACAGCUCCGUGGAGGGCUCCCGAGAGGUGACGAAGGCCAUUCUGGAUUCGGCCUCCUCUGAGGUGGAGAAACUGGUGAACCGUGGUGCGGCCAAAGUCUACAAUCGUCACCUUGAUUGCUAUGGAGAACGAACACCUCUAGCAGCUGCUGCUGAAAGCGGAUUUGAGGAUUCAGUCGCUCUGCUGCUGGCGGCAGGUGCGAGGCUUGACGAGGCUGAUGGGGAUGGAAGAACAGCCCUGUGGUUGGCGGCUCGACACAGCAGACUGGGAGUUGCUCAAGUCUUGCUGAAGCACGGUGCGGACGCCACACACUGCGACAAGGAGGGCAGCUCCGUCCUUGGCGCCGCCACGGCGGGGCGUUGCAACGAUGACUUGGUCUUGGCCUUGCUGGCGGUGAAUGGGCUGGAUGUCAACAAGACGUCCGGCUCGCCGCUCUUCGAUGUGGUCAAGGCCAACAAGAAAUCGCUGGCCGAGACCUUGCUGACGCACGGCGCGGCCGUGAACACGCCAGGACCCGGUGGACGCACUGCGCUGCAUGCUGCAUGUGAGCGAGGCGAUGAAUACUUGGUGCAAUUGUUAGUUCGAUCUCGCGCUGAUACGUCCAUCGCUGAUGCGCAGGGAUUCACUGCUUUCGACUUAUUGCGAAGACGGGGCCUCCCUGAUGGGAAGAUCCUUGCCAUGUUCAACUUGCCGGCACAAAGUGAAAGUGACGGAGGGACCGGCAGUGCCGCUGAUGGUUGA